GGGCGAUGCGCGGCGAGGCACGGCGGAGGGGCGAUGCCGACUCAGCGCGAGAGCGGCGGCAACAGCGGCGGCACUAGCAUGUCGCACCCUGGCCCGGGAGGCGGUGGCGGUGGCGGUGGCGGCCUUGGUGGCCCUGGGGGGGACAGCGCCCAUCAGGUCCGGGUCAAGGCUUAUUAUAAGGGGGACAUUAUGAUAACCUAUUUUGAACCUUCUAUCUCCUUUGAGGGACUGUGUAAUGAAGUUCGAGACAUGUGCGCCUUUGAUAAUGAACAGUUAUUCACUAUGAAAUGGAUUGACGAAGAAGGGGAUCCAUGUACUGUUUCUUCCCAGCUGGAACUGGAAGAGGCUUUUCGUCUAUAUGAGUUAAAUAAGGAUUCUGAACUUCUAAUACAUGUGUUUCCUUGUGUACCAGAAAGACCUGGAAUGCCCUGUCCAGGAGAAGAUAAAUCUAUUUAUCGUAGAGGUGCGCGGAGAUGGCGAAAGCUCUAUUGUGCGAAUGGUCAUACUUUUCAAGCCAAGCGUUUUAACAGAAGAGCUCAUUGUGCCAUCUGUACUGACCGAAUAUGGGGACUAGGACGCCAGGGAUAUAAAUGCAUUAACUGUAAACUUUUAGUUCAUAAAAAAUGUCACAAACUUGUCAGCAUAGAAUGUGGCCGACAUGCUCUACCACCGGAGCCUAUGGAUCAUUCCUCAGUGCAUUCUGAUAACAUAGAACCAGUGAUUCCAUAUCAUCCUUCGAGUCAUGAAAGUUUGGAUCAUGUUGGUGAAGAAAAGGAGGCAAAGAGUAGAGAAAGUGGCAAAGCAUCUUCCAGUCUAGGUCUCCAAGAUUUUGAUCUACUUCGUGUUAUAGGGAGAGGGAGUUAUGCAAAAGUACUUCUGGUUCGAUUAAAGAAGACAGAGCGCAUUUAUGCAAUGAAAGUUGUGAAAAAAGAAUUAGUUAAUGAUGAUGAGGAUAUUGACUGGGUUCAAACAGAAAAGCAUGUCUUUGAGCAAGCAUCAAAUCAUCCUUUCCUUGUUGGUCUUCAUUCAUGUUUCCAGACAGAAAGCAGGCUAUUUUUUGUUAUUGAAUAUGUGAAUGGAGGAGAUCUCAUGUUUCACAUGCAGCGACAAAGGAAAUUGCCAGAAGAGCAUGCCAGGUUUUACUCUGCAGAAAUCAGUUUAGCUUUAAACUAUCUUCAUGAACGAGGAAUAAUUUAUAGAGACUUGAAACUGGACAAUGUAUUGCUGGAUUCUGAGGGACAUAUCAAGUUGACUGACUAUGGCAUGUGCAAGGAGGGAUUAAGACCUGGAGAUACCACCAGCACUUUCUGUGGCACUCCUAAUUACAUUGCUCCUGAAAUUUUACGUGGAGAAGAUUAUGGAUUUAGUGUGGACUGGUGGGCUUUAGGUGUCCUGAUGUUUGAAAUGAUGGCAGGAAGAUCUCCAUUUGACAUUGUUGGAAGUUCUGAUAAUCCUGAUCAAAAUACAGAAGAUUAUCUUUUCCAAGUUAUUCUGGAGAAGCAAAUUCGUAUCCCACGAUCCCUUUCUGUGAAGGCAGCAAGUGUUCUAAAAAGCUUUUUAAACAAGGAUCCAAAAGAACGUUUAGGAUGCCAUCCUCAAACAGGGUUUGCAGACAUUCAAGGACAUCCAUUUUUUCGUAACGUUGAUUGGGAUCUGAUGGAACAAAAACAAGUUGUUCCUCCAUUUAAGCCAAAUAUUUCUGGAGAAUUUGGUCUGGACAACUUUGAUUCCCAGUUUACCAAUGAACCUGUUCAACUCACACCUGAUGAUGAUGACAUUGUAAAGAAGAUUGAUCAGUCUGAGUUUGAAGGCUUUGAAUAUAUCAAUCCCCUUCUGAUGUCAGCUGAGGAAUGUGUCUGAUCUCCUGUGUCUAACCUGUGCCAUCUUUUUUACUGAUGUUUUUCCUGCAUGGGUGAACAAUGUUUCUGUUGGGAAGCAACUGAUAAAAUGCAUUUGCCAUCUGGAAUGAACUUUAUCACAACGUAUCAUUAACUUGCUGUAAGCUGAAUACUUUUUAUUGAUAUAAAAAGAAAUGAAAGGAUAAUAACAAUUAUACCAAAACUGGAGUCUAACACAAGGUAAUUAUUCUGGCCAGAAGUUGUCUAAUAUGAAAUAAAAGAUUUUGCCAGAUGUUCUGCUUCACUUGUAAUGUUACUUUGUGUUUGAUAGAUUUACUGUUGCAUUAAGUGAUGUUCAGCAAACUGUAUAUAAAGUGUGGUUUUCUGACAACUAGGUUUAGAGACAGUUCAUAAGACUGCAUAUUUUUUGUUCCUCCAUCUUUCAGCUUUACUUAGUCCACUGUCCAAAUUAAACUACUUAUGCUACCAAAUUCAUUUCGAAGACACUGAUUAAAAACUAAUUGCAGAGUAAGAAGUAUCCCCACAUUGAUUAUAGUAAAUGUUAUGUCCACACAAGAUAGGAGUUUGCAUGUAGUAUAAAAAUCUGCUCCCGUUCUGUAAACGUUCUGAAUUUAUUGUGAGUUGGCUUUGUUAUCGCAACCCACUGAAUUUGGUGGGAUUUGCUUCUGAUUAAACUUUCCAAGAAUUACCCUGCUGUGGCACUUGGGACUUUGGAACAUCAUAUUAUCUGCAUUCCUUAAGAAUUACGACUGAAGCCUUCUUAUUUCUAUAGACUAAAUGGAAGUGGUACAGCAUUUCCCGUAACAGUGAUAGAACCAAGGAUAAUAAUGGAUGCAGUGACAUUGAUGGUUCUAUUGUAAAAGAGAAUUUUCUUAUUAAGCACAUGUAUUUCAUUACUUUUAAUUUAAAGAAAUUAAUUAAGAAAUUAAAUUUUAAUUUAAAGAAAAAAAUCAAUUUUUUUAUUCACCUUUGAUACACCUAUGCUAUAUAAACAAGUGCCUUCCUCAGCUUUUUGGUUCAGAAAGUAUAGUGUUAAUUUAAGCAGAAAACUUCAGUAGUUGGGUCUUUUUGAGGAAGCAAAUAGUAGAAAUAGGCAGCUGAUGUUCCCAAAUUAGACCUCAUGCCACUAUUUUCAUAAGCUUAACAGGGACCAUAAAUUACUUAACACAAUAAUUUGGAAAGCUAGUAUACUCCAGCUAAUUUCAAGUUUAAUGCAAAAUAUUGUGAUGGCCCAAACCCAAAUAUAUCAUAUUUAGCUUUCUGUAAUACAAAUCGGGGUGCAUAAGGAGCGAUGAGAGAGAAAGGGGACACCCGCAUAGCCAGUCACAUCAGCCAAGUCAACUUUGGCAAUCAGUGGGGUGACAGAUGUCCCAGCCAGAUCAUCCUCACAAAUACAAAUUACUCUUUUUGUUACUGUGGCAUUUAUUGAACAUUAGUGCAUUAAGGGAACAUUUGCUUAUUUGAAUAGUAUGAAUUAUUUUGUAUUAUUCAAAUAAAAAAAGAAAUUAAUUCAUUCUUGUGCUUUCAUUAGAAUGUUAACAAGCUCUGUCAUAUUUAGGGUUCAUCUGAACAUCAUUCUUUUAGUCCUGGUAAAUUUUAGAUCUGGUGAAUUAUCUUUGAUAAACUUUUGGGGUGGGCAGAGAUUAUUUCCAUGGUAUAAGCUUAAAUGCUUGGCUCCUUCCCUCUUCCUUUUCAGAUUUCUUGAUUACAGCAAAUAAAAUUAGGCUACUUAACAGUGGGCUUGGGACAAAAUGGUUUUCUACCAGAGGUAUAUUGUCUGACUCGCACAAUUCUAGAAUAAAAUUCUAAUAUUCAAGAAUGUUCAGCUUCUAAGCACAAAAUCAAUGCAUUUACAGAUAGAGUUGCUUCCAUUCCCAUCCUGUAAAUGUGUCUGUCUGCCUGUCUGUGUAUGUGUGUAAUAUAUGUUUCAUGUUGUGAUGUCACCUUUAAAAAAGAUUUGAAUAUUUAAAACAAGGGUAUUUUUUGAGGUUUUUUUCAUAUUUGUUUCAGAUAAGCACCACGAUAUUAAAAAGUGUUAAUUUUUAAAUCUUUUUAUUAAAAUGUAGAAGCUAUUUUAAAAUAAUUGAACUAGGAAUUCAGAUAUGGACAGCUAAUGCAGCAUGAUGGGAAAUAACAUUCGUUUUUGUAUGAAAACUGUAUUGGUGGAUGUUUUCACUCAACUAGUUCUGUUCCGUUGCGUGUUUCCUUCUUUUGUUGCCUUUGAUAUUUGUGUAACCAUCUCCCGAAAUUUCUACAUACUUUUUAAACUGUCAUUUUUAAGUUUAAGAAUAAAAAAGCAGGGCUUUUGUUUA